GGAGGGCUGGAGCUCAGUAGAGAGGCCCCCCUCCCCCAGCAGUGCCUAUAUAGCUGAGUGGUGGCCUAGGGAAGGUGUUCCGGAGGAGAGAGGGCUCCAAGCUUCAGAGGCCACAGUAGCAGAGAACAGAGAUUCUCGCACCAUGAGGAACCGUCUGGGCACAUGGGGGGUGGCCAUCCUCUGCAUGCUACUUGCCAGCCACCUCUCCACGGUGAAGGCGAGGGGCAUAAAGCACAGGUUCAAGUGGAGCCGGAAGGUCCUGCCCAGCAGCGGCCAGAUCACAGAAGCCCGGGUAGCUGAGAACCGCCCAGGAGCCUUCAUCAAGCAAGGCCGGAAACUGGACAUCGACUUCGGAGUAGAGGGCAACAGGUACUACGCGACCAACUACUGGCAGUUCCCUGAUGGGAUCUACUACGAAGGCUGCUCUGACGCCAACGUGACCAAAGAGAUGCUGGUGACCAGCUGCAUCAACGCCACCCAGGCGGCCAACCAGGCGGAGUUCUCCCGAGAGAAGCACGAGAGCAAGCUCCACCAGCGAGUCCUGUGGCGGCUGAUCAAAGAGAUCUGCUCCACUAAGCACUGCGAUUUCUGGCUGGAAAGGGGAGCUGCGCUGCGGGUCGCUGUGGACCAACCAGCGAUGGUCUGCCUGCUGGGUUUCGUUUGGUUCAUUGUAAAAUAAACAGCAAUGAAGCUGGAAGCCACAGAGGACCCCUGGAGCUGCUGAACGGAAUCUGGACAUAACCUCUACUGGGUGUAGUCUCUUGAAAAAGGAGCGCCUGCUGGGGGGCGGGUAUAGUCAAAGGAUUCCUCUACAACACUCCAGAACACGAGUGCUGAUAGCAGUACGUCACGUGCUGAGUUCCCAGUGCUAUCGGUUCUUCUCAAGGACACCUCUGGGAGGGUUCACGCGGUAAAGGGACAUGAAGCAGGGCGGAACCUUUACCACUGGACAGACAACCCAGAGAAACCAGCUUGCUGCAGUACUCCACUGCUGCCAAGACACGCCUCCUCAGCCUACUGUCUACUGACCCUAAACCAGAGAGCAGGGAGAAGUCCAGAACACACAGCUUAUCCCUUGCAUGCCAUUUUAAGUAUCAGGCAAUAAAGAAGGAAUAGUUCUUAGGUGGUGAUGUUGGUGUUUCAGCUUCAGGCUUAAGACUUAGUUACCAGGGCUCACAAAGCUGUGGACAACCAACUUCCUUCGGCGUGAAAAUGCUUAGGCUGUACAGAGUCCGUACUAGGUGAUCUCUGUGUUCUCUCAGACUAUUGGUCGUCACACCCCCACAAACCUGUGAUAGCCAAUGAGUGCCCAUGUGAUUUGACUGCAAAAUUCGCUUUAUUUGGUUUUUUAGCGGAGAUGUACUUGCUCUUACUUAUGGACCAGGAGUUUCUUAGCCCUUCUAAGAGUUCCGGAGUUAAAACACGGGAGUUAAAACACUUAAAACACAGUGCGGUGCGCUGUAGAACAGCAAACUGACAGCGGAGUAAGGGGGCGGGGCUGCACUUCUGCCAUCCGAUUCUGUCUACGCAGUUUAUGCCUCUCCAGACUCCCCACUCCUUCACUCAUUUCCAACUGUAAAUGUAGCAAUUUGCAAGCCUAUUACAGGGCCAGGGCGCUGGAUACCUUAAAGCUUUACUUGACUUCAUUUAGUGCUUUCUGUCCAUUUUUUAAUGACAAUAAUUUUUUAAUGUCCAUUUUGAAAUUUUUUGUUUUCUUGUUUCUCCAGCUCCAUCCCUUCCUUCUACCCCAGUAAGAAACCUGUACCCCUUUACUGUGUUUAAAUAUAAAGACGAGGGGUUUUAUUUUAUUACAUUACAACCCUUAAAAUACAAUGAUCAUUUGUAUAAUAUUUGUUUCUCUGCGGUUUGUAUUCCUGAUUUAAUGGAGUGCCAUUAAACUCUCUGGAUCAGUAUCUAACUAGUUGACACCUAACUAGUCCUUUUAGAUGACCAUGAAGUAUUCCACAGUACAGAUGUGCUGCAAGUGACUUAAUAAUUUCCUUGUUGACAGAGUUUCAGAUUGUUCUUAUCUUGCAAACAAUAAACACCUAUAUAUACAAAA